AUGGCCGAACAGACGAUGUCCAAGGACGAAUUGCGCAGGCUGAGAGCCAGCGUGGGAAGCCGAAAAACGUCACUGGGACAGGAGUUAUCGAGGAGGAUUUUUCGAAUGGAAGCCAAGAUCAGGGCCGAACCGAACGCAGGACCAUUCUCCUCUCUCGAGAACGUGAGAGAUUAUCUUUCCAUGCAGAAGGGGAAGGAUCCUGUAAAGAUAGCCCAGUGGUGGAGGGAUAAUCAAGAAGAUACAGACCCCGACAGAGCUAGACAGAUUCAUGAUGCUUAUCGGUACUUGUAUCAUUUUGCGAAACAAUGCAGAUCCACCAGGGAUUCAAACAAUGAGAUCAAUCGGUCGAACAAUGAGCAAGAGAUGCACAGGAUGCUCAGCCGAUGGGAAAGCUUCAGAUCAACGUUUGGUACCCGGGGAGCUGAUACCUUAUUGCGAGCUGAAAAGCAUAUACUCAUAUCCCCAUACUCUCGAGCGUUCGACAGCGUACAAACCCUCAUUCACGAUCCGAAUACAUUCACCAAAUAUAGAUGGUAUAACCGGCAUAAUUCUGAAGUAGCCCUGGAGGGUCUAGAGUACUUGAUCGAUGUCGCUCAUAACGAACGGCGACUGAGGGAUAAGAGUAAGCGACUAAAGGCAAUCUUUAAAUGGAAGAAACCUAAACUUUCGUCAUCUGAAAUGACCGUUUCUGAGCAGCAGAGUCAGUCUGAAGCUGAUCUUAUCCAAGUGCUUACCGCUGAAGCAAGUAUCAAUCCUUUUCAAGACCAGUUUCAUAAUUCAGAGCAUUUGCGAGGUUACCUUGCCCAACCCGCUCCCGAAGCUGUCAGUGCAGUCAGGAACUUCGACCUCGAUACCACACAGCAGAUCGUUGAGGUGAUUGCUGCUUUUGCGGAAGACCAAAGGAAUAUACAAAUGCAGGUGCAAGAAGCGUUGCUUUUACCUGUGGACCAUCCCACACUCACAGACACGACCGAGGAAGAUAGAGCAUUUUUUCUGAAAGCUUUCGGUCGUGGCGGCGCUCAAACACUCAGAUGGCUCCACUCAGAAAUUUCUAAAGAUCCCCAUAAUUCGAUGUUCUCGGAUAUUCCAAAUCCCCAAUUGACGAGGCGUUUUCAAAAGUACUUGACGAAGAACAAGGAAGGCGCAGAAUCGGGAAUGAGAUAUGUGGUGAAAUCGGCAAGAGCGGCUAGGAAUCGCUUAGGCCCAGCAGCAGUUGAAGCUGGCACCACGGACCCGGAUGGGUCGGAUCCCGUUGCCAUGGAGGAAAGUCAGAUGAGUCAAUUUGCGAAACUCUUGGGCUCCGAUAGUGUCGGUAUGGGUCAUAGUGGUACCGAUUUCAUACGGAAAAUCAAGAAACACGUUAGUGGCGAUCAAUUUCAGGAGAGAGAUUUCAAGGACAAAGAUGCUGUCAGUCGAUUCUUAACUUCCGGCAAAAGGACGUAUUUGAUUCGAGUCCGCGAACAGAAGCCUGAGUUGAGCGAAGGCGUGGUUGAUUUCGUAUAUCGAUUAGGGCGGAAAAGUAUCAUGGCCGAAGCUGCUCAAUAUACUCUGCCUGAUCAAUCAGAAGAGGAAUUCCAAUCUGAACGUUUGAAAAGAUCGAGCCAAAGACAUGUCACGAAGGAUGAUAUCAAGGCAAUAUUGACCCAGCCUAAUUGGACGGGCUACACCACUCUUGCUGAGCAGAACCCAACACUAGCGGACGAACUCCUACAAUUUGGGGUAUGGUAUACGGAACGAAUGAUGCGUGGACGUCCAAGUGACGAGCUACUGUUGAGCCCCGAGACUUUACAGGACUACGAAGCAAUGGGAGAUGGGGCCUCACGCCUGACUGUUGGAAUGUAUCAAGGCAAAAGAAAGAGAAGAAGAUCUUCUGCUCUUACUAUACCUCUUGACGAGGAUCCUGAUGCCCGCAACGCUGCCCGCAUCCUCCAAUCGCUGGAAUCCCUUGCUGAUUGGAGAGCUACCACCGAAGGGUCGGAGAGGGGUGCUUCCGUCAGCGGGCAGGCUAUAGACUCUGAAGCAGAGAGCGAGAUUUUUGGUGGAGAAGUUGAUUACUUUGACGAAAACGAUAUGCGACAACAUCGAUUGAUGCUUUUCGGAUUAUCCCUUGCCGGAAGAGAAGAUCAAGAAGUGGAAAUCCAAGCCUCGAGCGACCCUCACAUGCAAGAAACGGGCACAGCUUCAGAACAUCCAGAAGAACAUGACAAUUCUGAGGAAGCAGCAAACAGUGAUGACACGUUCUCCAUCAAUACCAAUGUGAACGAAAGUGUAAGAUUAAGGGCCAAACGGUCCUUGUUCCCAGAUCUUCCUGACACCCCGAUCUUCCGUGAUUGA